AUCCGGCCCCCGCAGCGCAGCCCUUUUGUGGGUCUCUGGCGCAGUUGUAGUUGUAGUUGUAGGUAUAAGAAGGGCGUAAAGGAAAAGCACCAGGCACUCUGUCGUGACCAGGAGUCAGGACGGAUCUCUUAAAGCCAGUUUUGGAACUGACAGAACAGCUUGGAUGUCAUCUUCACUAAAGGGCUCCUUUAGUGAUGCAGCUUAUUAGGCUGUGAAACUGAGGGUGUGUUUGACAGAUCUCCAAAAUGGACAACAUAACAGCCGACGCUAAUGUGGGACUCAAGCUCAAGUGUAACAUGACCGGGCACCACAAUUUCAUCUUCACGUUCAUCCCAGUAGUCUAUAGCUGCAACUUUAUCAUCGGAAUUGUAGGCAACAGCUUGGUAGUCGCUGUCAUCUACUACUGUUUGAAGCUGAAGACCAUUGCAAACAUAUUUGUUUUGAAUUUAGCAGUGUCAGACUUGACUUUCCUCCUCACCCUGCCUAUUUGGGCCAUAAACACUGCAACAGGAUACCACUGGCUCUUUGGAGACUUCCUAUGUAAAGCCAUUGCUGGUAUGAUUCUCCUUAAUCUAUAUACUAGUAUUUUUUUCCUCACUGCUCUCGCUAUUGACCGGUAUCUGGCCAUCGUUCAUCCCGUCAAGUCCCGACGGUCCCGUACGGUGGUGUAUGCCCGUGUGACGUGCAUCUUGGUUUGGGUAGUGGCUUUUCUUUUAAGCCUUCCCACAGCCGUUAUCCGUAGGACCCAUUUUAUCCAGCAUAACAAUGUCACUGUAUGUGGCAUCCUAGAUGGAGAUCUUGGCAAUGUGCUGGCAGCUCUCAGUCUGAUGAAGAGUGUUCUUGGGUUCCUUCUGCCCAUCACCAUCAUCCUCACGUGCUACUGUCUGAUCGGUCGGUCUCUGCUCAAAGCACGGGACAUUCAGAGGAAUUCGAGAUCGAAAGAGGACGAGGUGUUGAGCAUGCUGGCCGCUGCCGUGCUGUCGUUUUUCCUUUGCUGGACACCACAUCAGAUCUUCAACUUCAUGAACAUGCUUGUUCAGCUUACAGUGAUCACCAACUGCGAUGUCAUUGAUAUCAUUGACACUGUAAUGCCGUUCACCAUUUGUAUUGCCUUUUUUAACAGCUGCAUGAACCCAAUCCUAUAUGGUUUUGUUGGGCAGAACUUUCGCAGGAACUUGCUGAAGCUCUUGAGGUGUUCCUCAACGGCUGUGGCCUCUCACCCCACCCUCAGUACCAAGAUGAGCACUCUCUCGUAUCAAGCCUCGGAGUCAUUUCACCUCUCCGUCCAUAAACCGUCCUCACUACCUCAAGCCACAUGAGAUAAACAGGAAGUGAAUGAAUCUCCAAUGAAUAAUCUUUCUAAACUCACUGAUUCAAUUCAGAAGGUGACUCUUGCUUAUUGUGUCGUCGCUUGAUACUAAAAUGGGAACAAAAUAUAGUGAUUCAUCUUUUUGUCUUUUAGGGCAUUGUGUCCUCAGUGUAAAUAUACUGCAAAGGAUUCAUUAUUGACAUGCUGGUAUGUGUACAUUUUAUCCAGCAACAUUAUACUGUAUAUAAGUGUUAACUUUUUCACUUUUUACUUUCGCCAAAGGACCAAAACUUUCUGAAAAAACUAAAUUUAUAUCUCAUCCAUCUAAGCAGUUACAGUGUGAAUGGUCUAUGCCGAAUAUUGUGAAAUGCUGUAUUUUUUUCACCAGUGUGAUGAAUGAAUGAAAUUUUAAUCAGUCUACACAUUGAACAGCAUUAUGUUUACUGUUUUUAAUCCAACAUGGGUUCCUGUGUCUCAUAGCUCCACUGAACAGGCCAGGGGUUUACAAACUUUUUUGUCACAUACCCCUAAAUAUAAUGAUUUCCUUCCGAGAGACCUCCUUUAUAAUUUAUAUAUAACUUAAAUAUUUUAUACAUUACCUUAAUAUUAAAUGAACAAUACAUUUCUAUAAACUGCAUUAUUUCCUACAAAUGUAACUACACUAUUGACAGUUAUAAUUUUGUUAUUCAUUUAUUAAUUCACUAUAAUAGUCUCAUGAUUUCUGACCAGUCUUAAGAAAGCAGAAUGAAACAGUGAUAGUGUCAAAUUCUGUCAUUUUAUUUAUUUAAACAAAUGUAUUUAAUUUACUAUUUUUACACUAUUUUUCCACAAACCUCCUAGCACUCCCUUGUGGCACUCUGAGGGUCCCUGGACCCUAGUUUGAAAACCCCUGGAUUAGACUUUGGCAUGGGAUCUAACAAGAUAUGGUAGUUUUCACAUAUGUUGUGACAUCAUGGUCACUGACGUUUACUCUUGGUACGAUCUAUCAUAAACGUUUAUCAUAAACUGAUAAACGUUUUAUUUUUAUUUUACCACUUAAUUAUUUAGUAUUCCACACAGGCUCUUAUUAAUGGUAAAACUGUUUAUUCUUCUGAAAAAUGGUAUUUUGCAACAUGCUGUUCUAUAUAGGCCUAAUGUACUUGAGUCUAAAAUUGUAUGUUAAAAUGUGUCUUUUAACAGCAAAGCAAAAAUGUAAUUUAUUAAGUAUCCUCAGCGUAAUGAAUAAUUGGGGAUUUUUUUUUUAUCACUAGAUAAAAUCAAAUGAAAACGCAAAGGAGACACAAUUCAAUUGUUACUGCUAUGAUACAAAAGAGGAACUUCCAGCUGCAUUUGAACAUGAACUGAAACCUUUGUUACAU